UAAUGAAUCAUCGACAUAAAACUGAACUCACUGAAAGGCAUCUCAAUUAUGAUAUCAAUUAUGAUAGCAUCAUCAUAGUCAAGGAUCAAGAAUAGAAAAAUAAAACUCCUUAAGCCUUAUUGAGUCUUCAAUUAUAUGGUAAAUAAACUCCAAAUCAAUCUACUAAAAUGGUUAAGAAUUUCAAACACACAUAAAGAAUCACUCUUUCAUCCCUUAAAAAAGCUUAAGCAAUCUACAGUCCAAACUUCAAUUCCAAAUAAAAGAAUAGAAUCCCAGAAUCUCCUGCAAACUUUCGAAUUAAGCCUAACAAUUUGAAGUUCAAUUCUCUUAAUCCUUCUAAACCAAGUCUUCAUACUCCUAGUACCAAGACUUAAGACAGCUAGUUAGAAUGGCAAACUCCAUUUGAUUUUAAGACUUCAAUAUCAAAAAUAAAGUAGUUAUUAAGUCCUAAUAAUCCUAAAAAGUAUCAAGUCGACUUUACUAAAUUUAAAAAAUCCAUAUAUUGA